UUUAAAACACGUGGGUUCAGAUUACGAAAAAUCGGUGCGCUGACGUGUUAAUGUGCGACUGAGAUUUUAUCUUUGAUAAGAAACAGCAUUGUCGUAAACAUAAAUUGUGGGCUGUAUAAUGGAGCGGGUGCUCUACAACUGUUUUCAUAAUGGCAGCUCCAAAAAAGAUUUAACUAGAUGGUACUGGGUCGUACUACUAGCUUUCAUUGUAAAAGUGGCUAGUCUUAAGCGAGCUACAUUUUCGGAGUGUCCAUGUGAGGUUGACAAGGAUCAAAUGGAAAUUGAAUGUCGGUGCUCUGGGCCAGAUCUCACAGAUAUUCCGGCGAACUUAACUACUGCACUAAUAAGCUUAAUUGUUGAAGAUGCUGCGAUGGAGGUAUUGAAGCGCGACUCACUUCUACCGUAUGCUCCAACUUUACGAGAGUUGACGCUCAUAAAUCUGGAAAACUUUUACUACUUCGAAACGGACGUUUUUCUACAGAUUAAGCAACUGCAGUCAAUAUACAUUCACAGAGCACCAAAGUUACUUAAAAUUCAACCGGAAGUAUUUAGCGUCAACUUGCCACGGUUAAAAAUUCUACGUAUCGUUCAUACGGGGUUGGAGGAAAUACCCAAUUUAAAUAACCUUUACACGGACUCCGUUCUACAUAUGGUUGACUUGGAGCAUAAUAACAUCCAACGCAUAUUGACUAAACAAGUAAACAGGGUUAAAGCUGAACAAUUAUCCCUGAACUACAAUGACUUACAAGUUAUAGAAGAAGACGCAUUUCAUGGAUCACAAAUUGCUAAGUUGAGCUUGAAAGGAAACGUCAACCUCCAACACCUUCACCGGAGAGCAUUUGCUGGAUUGCAAAGUCUAAGAUAUAUAGACCUAUCGCGUACUGCAAUUACAUUAUUACCAACCGAAGGUCUGCGAGAAAUAGACGUCCUAAAAGUACAAGAAACUGAAACUCUGAAAGUAUUUCCAUCAGUCUUCAACUUCCAAUUUAUAAAGGAAGCCUGGCUGACGUAUCCGUACCAUUGUUGCGCGUUCAAGUUUCCUCAUACUCACAAUCCCUCGGAGUUUGAACGUCAUCAGAUUUUUCGUAAACAAAUACAGGAGGCUUGCACGACAAAGAAUUUGAGCUUUAAUCAUAUUCAUCCGGAAAACGCGUACGCGUCUUUUAAAACGGCGUUUCGAUGGUCAUCGUUCAACGAAAGCUCCUCUCAGAAUCUCAUCGAGGAGAACUACUGGAAUGAAAACGAGGAAAUAUUUCAUAACGAUACGCUUUCAAUUAAUACCGGAAUUCCAGUUACAACGGCAAUUUGCGGAGAACUCUAUAUCAAUUAUUACGAGGUCAAGUGCCAUCCGCCCCCCGAUGCCUUCAAUCCAUGUGAAGAUCUAAUGGGAAACUGGAUCUUGAGGGUACCAGUAUGGUUCAUAUCAUUUUCAGCUGUAAUCGGAAACCUAUUCGUUAUAAUCGUGAUUUCGUCAUCUCACUUUCGGCUUACCGUGUCAAAAUUUCUGAUGUGUAACUUGGCGGUAGCCGAUUUCUGCAUAGGAUUGCAUUUGCUGCUAAUUGCAAUCGUGGACACGUGCUCCAUUGGCGUAUACUUCAAUUACGCCAUUGAUUGGCAAGGAGGAAAUGGGUGUAGAGUUGCGGGGUUUUUCACCAUAUUCGGCAAUAUACUUUCGGUAUACACGCUGGCUAUCAUUACAACGGAACGUUGGUAUACCAUAACGUGGGCAAUUCAUUUAAAUAGACGAUUAAAACUGAGAACUGCAGUGCGUGUCAUGUUCGUGGGGUGGAUAUUUGCCAUUACAUUGGCGAUCUUACCUCUUGUUGGAAUUAGUAGUUAUUCCAAAACCAGUAUAUGCUUGCCUUUGGAGAACAACGGAAAGGCGGAUGUAAUCUAUCUGUCGACGUUAUUAGCGUUUAACGCACUUGCCUUCGCACUCAUUUGUGUUUGCUACGGCAGCAUGUACAAAUCUAUUCGAAAAGGAGGAAACAUGUGUUCAACUACUUCGGUUCGAUCAGAUCUGACAGUGGCCAAACGCAUGGCGUUACUGGUCUUUACAGAUUUCGCUUGUUGGGCACCCAUCGCGUUUUUUGGUCUGACUGCACUACUAGGGCGACCAUUAAUUACGGUUACGCAAACCAAAAUACUUUUGGUAUUUUUCUACCCCUUAAAUUCGUGCGCAAAUCCGUACCUAUACGCGCUACUGACACAACAAUACCGUCGAGAUUUCUUUAUUUUAAUGGGUCGUUACGGUUUGUGUAAGGAUCGUGCAGAAAGACAUAAAGGCGCAAUUGGUGGUAAACCUCUACCCUACGGUUCAGCGCCGCAAUACAAGAGGCCAAUUGGGGAAGGAGUCAAAAGCAACAGCGUUAAUAGUAACCGUAAUUCUAUUUUGACCACGUUUGUGUCUGUUGAUGUUCCAACGGCGAGAUCAAGUUCAAGGUAUGGAUCGAGAACACGCCAUGGUGUAGAUUUGAAGCAGCUAAACCACUCUGAUAAUUUUGAUGAUUACAAUAGACAUACAACUACGGAAAACUUGUAGGUAAUACUCCACAAACCACUUUUUGUUCUUUAAAUAUACUUCGUUUGCCAUUUUGGUCAAUACUGUACGUACAAACUUAAAAUAGGGCUGCUACGUUUUGAUUUUUGUAACUGUAUAAGCUGUGCUUAGGAGGUAAGGUCGAUUUGAGCUGAUCGCACAAGUGCCAGAAAUUAAACUAUAGCGAUUGACACUUCAGUUGUUUCAUCCAAAAUAAUUACCUACAAUGAUUAUUUGAAAUUCAAGACGCAAUAUGCAGCUUAGUUAGUAAAAUUGGUGGGUAUAUAGUAGUUUCACAUAAUCCAACAAUUAUUUUACAAAUUCAACCAUACCAUCGAGAACUUAAAAAAUUACUUCAUUGUUACAUACCUACUUGUACCAUAUCUCCCUACAAAAAUGUGUCAUUUUGAUAUUGAUCAUAAAUUGAAAACCUCCUGUAGUAUAAUUAUGUAUCAUAAAUUGCUCAUAAAUAUUCACCAUUAUGUGUGUAGUCGUUCGUUUUGCGCACUUGUGGUGAACAAACAUUGCAUAUUUAUGCGCGAUUUAUGUACAGCUUAUUAAAACUAACCUGCAUGCAAUAAAUAUGACAUCUACUGAUAAUUAUUGAUUUAGAAAUCAGAGUUGAUAAAGUGAGGUUUUCAUGGAAACAGACACUCUGGCUUUUAAGAACCUGAUACCAGUCCUCCGUAAACAUAUUAUUAGCUAGAAUAGGUACGUACCUACCAUGAUACAAAGAAUGUAUUCUUUGAAAUAAGAAUUUUAUGUGUCCGUUUUGUUUUCUACUGAUCAGUGAAACCAUACGCGAAAGCAAAAAGUACAUGUGCGUUUCGUUUUCGGCGGCAUUUCUCGACAAGUAAACGAAGAAGAUCUUUUCAGGCCGAGUUUCAUAAAACAUAUUAUUUCCGAAGGGAUUUAUAGCGACCUGCCUUAGAUAUCAAUGUCUAUAGCUUCUGUGACAUGAAAAACGAUAAUUUUUAAGCUAAAAUAUCUCACAUUAUACCUAUUUUUGACUGGUCCAUUUAUUGCUUGAUCUUAUUAGCUCUCCACCAUCGUCAUUGGUUAUUAUAAGUUCUGUUAAAGACGAUGGAAUCUUAAUGCAUUGACAGUGAUCAAUAUCGAUUGUACUAUAAGUUGUCUGUUUCUAUGAAAAAUAAAAGCAUACGUUCUGUAUAAUGUAGAUCCUAUCUUAAUGUUACCGUUGGCCAAAGUCCGUGGUAACUAUA